GGGCUCCGGGACCGCGCCGCCGCCGCGGGCAGGACAUGCUAGGUAGAAAAGAAUCCUGUGCUUCAGGACAGUUACCAAUGACCAGCCUCAGCUGCCUUUUCUAUGCAUUGGAAGAAUGGACUGUUGUGGAGCUCCUGAAGAAAUACCUUUUUCAUCUGAUCAUUGCCUCAUUGACAAUUAGUGCAAUAUUAGUUUUUUUUAUAGUUCCUUUAACAAUUGUCUUUUUCAUUUACCUUACUAAUAUUUUGCUUUUAAUAUAUCAGAGGAACAAUGAGUUAAAAGCAGAUCCCUUGAGUGAUGUUUGGAAUAGUGUAAGAAAAACUAUAGCAAGCUUUUGGGAUAUAUAUGCAAGAGUAUGGCAUGGUUAUGAGCUUCAUGGUGUGAAAAACCUCCCAGAAGGACCAGGAAUUCUUGUGUAUUACCAUGGAGCUAUUCCUAUAGACUACCUUUACUUUUUGUCUAGGCUGUUUCUGUGGAAGAAAAGACUUUGCCUGUCAGUAGCUGAUCAUUUUGUGUUUCGUUUACCAGGACUUAGGUUAUUGUUGGCUGUGACGGGUGUCAUACCAGGUACGAGAGAGGAGUGCCUUGUUGCCCUGAAGAAUGGAUACUUGGUGUCCAUCUCCCCAGGUGGAGUUCGAGAAGCGCUGUUCAGUGAUGAAAGUUAUCAGCUGAUGUGGGGAAAUCGAAAAGGCUUUGCUCAGGUGGCUCUAGAAGCAAAAGUGCCCAUCAUUCCAAUGUAUACUCAAAAUGUCCGUGAAGGCUAUAGGAUGUUUAAAGAAAGAAGAUUUUUUAGACAGUUAUAUGAAAGCACUCGAUUGCCUUUUACUCCUCCAUAUGGAGGACUUCCAGUGAAAUUUCGCACAUACAUUGGGAAGCCAAUCCCUUACGACCCAAAUAUAACUGCAGAGGAAUUAGUUGAAAAGACCAAGGCUGCUGUCCAGGCUCUCAUAAGCAAGCACCAAACAAUCCCAGGCAGCAUAUGGAAGGCUUUACUGGAGAGAUUUGAUAAACGUCGUAAAAGUGAUUAGAAUGCUCAUGUUUAUCGCAUUGGUUUUACAGCAUACAGUAAAAAAAUGUCCUACAGCACUGGUAACUAAUAGUUGAUGUUAACCAGUUUAAAUUACAAAUUUCAGCAGAUUUGAUGGAAGAAAACAAUUAACCUCUAGAAAGUUCCCCUAUGUCCUUGAGAAUAUCUUGAACUAAGAAAGACUGAUGAAGAUGACUUAUGUAUAAUAGCAAUGCAACAACUAAAUUCCCCCAAAGGAAAUCAUGCAGCCAAGGUUUUCCUGGUUCCUAAAACAAGUUUGUACUUACAUCCGAGGGCUUUAGUGGCGUUGCCUAAAUCUGUGUGUUUGAGUUCUGAGCAUAGUCUGGUCUCAGAGCAGAGCCUCAGGAUUGGUGUUGUCCCACCAGAGACCACCCCAUGGAGGGCGCCUUCCCUGAAGGGCCCCAAGCAAGACAUGUCAGAACAAACUGUCUUGCUUUAGAUAAUCAGCUACUGCUUACACCAUCCUCCUACAGACCACAAAAAUACACAAUCCCAUUAAAACAGUUGUUAGACUCCUUCAAACACAUCAGCUUAGUAGUGUGUACCCUGGAAAGCAGGACUGUGUGCAUCCAAGACUUCUCCCCCACAGAAAAAGGUUUUUCAAAGAGAGGGGAAAAAACCUUUUGUUCAGUGUAGCAAAUAUUGCAAAUCCAUGUAGAAGGUAAUUUCAAGUCUGAGCUGGUUCGUGCAUGCUCUAUUGCACCACACAAUAGUUGCUUCGUGGAUGAGGCUGCCCCAGCCUGAAAACCCCUGGAUAU